GGGGUCCUGUCCAGUGCGAGCCCGGCCGGUGCGCCAGCCAUUCCGCCCGCCGGUCACAUCGCGCCCUCUCCGCUGCCCGUUUCCCCCGCUCGACGGCCUCGCCAUGCUGUCUCUAGAUUUUUUGGACGAUGUGCGGCGAAUGAACAAGCGGCAGCUGUAUUAUCAAGUCCUAAAUUUUGGAAUGAUAGUUUCCUCGGCACUAAUGAUCUGGAAGGGGUUAAUGGUCAUAACUGGAAGUGAAAGUCCGAUCGUAGUGGUGCUCAGUGGCAGCAUGGAACCUGCAUUUCAUAGAGGAGAUCUUCUCUUUUUAACAAACCGAGUUGAAGAUCCCAUCCGAGUGGGAGAAAUUGUUGUUUUUAGGAUAGAAGGAAGAGAGAUUCCUAUAGUUCAUCGAGUCUUGAAGAUUCAUGAAAAGCAAAAUGGACAUAUCAAGUUUUUGACCAAAGGAGAUAAUAAUGCGGUUGAUGACCGAGGCCUCUAUAAACAAGGACAACACUGGCUGGAGAAGAAGGAUGUCGUGGGGAGAGCAAGGGGAUGAGGAAACACAGACAAGUUAGGCUGCUUAUCCAAGGCCACGCUGACGAUGGGAGGCGUCUGGCCGACUCUGGAACCCACCCUCUGGACCAUCCCACCAAAAGUCCGGGCGUAAUGCUUCUGAAGUGGAUAGCUGCCGGUUCUCACUAUUUAGAUGCCCCGUGGGGCUCUGACCCCUGUCAGAACGUGCCCUCCUUAUGUAGACACUGGGUUCACAGUGAUUCCGCUGGAGAUCAGCCACCACACUGAGGAGUUCCCUUCCCACAGAGAGUGCAGCGUGAGAGAGCCGCCUCAGCUGUAGCAUGAGAGGCGUCGGUUUGGGGCCAGAGAGAUUGGAGCAGCACAAGCACUGGUGUGUUUUGUCUCUCGUAAAGCUGUUUGUGUGCGUGCCUCCAGUUCGAGGGAACUCCUUUUCCUAUGUUGGAGCUAAGUAUGCCUUUUUUUAGAAAAGAUUUUAUUUACUUUUAAGUAAUCUCUACACCCGGGGCGCCUGGGUGGCUCCGUCGGUGAAGCGGCUGACUUCGGCUCAGGUCACGAUCUCACGGUUCGUGGGUUCGAGCCCCGCGUCGGGCUCUGUGCUGACGGCUCGGAGCCUGGAGCCCGCUUCGGAUUCUGUGUCUCCCUCUCUCUUUCUCUGCCCCUCCCUCUCUCUCUCUCUCUCUCUCUCUCUCUCUCUGUCUCUCUCUCAAAAAAUAAACAUUUUAAAAAAUGCUUGAAUUAAUCUCUACACCAACAUAGGGCUUGAACUCACAACUCUGAGAUCAAGAAUCGCCUGCUUCACCGACUGAACCAAUCAGGUACCCCUAAACAUGCUUAAAGUAUGUCUUUCUGAAGAAUUUUUUAAAAAUCUUUAUCUAUAUACAGUGUUAUUUCUAAAAUCCCAACAUUGAGGGGCACCUGGCUAGCUCAGAGAUUACUUAAAAGAGAUUAAAGAGAUUACUUAAAAAGUAAAAUCUUUUUUUAAUUUUACUUAUUUAUUUUUUAAGUAGGCUCUGUGCUCAGCAUGAGCCCAACACAAGGCUUGAACUCGUGACACUGAAAUCCAGAGCCAGACGCUCAACUGACUGAGCCACCCAGGCACCCCCCCAAAAAUACAAUCUUUAAAAAAAUAAAAUAAAAUCCCAACAUUGAAAAUACAGACCUUUUUGUAGCUUUUAAUUAAGAAAAGGAAUAGCCUGGCAAUUUCUGAACUAAAUAACUUUCCAUCAAGUAUAAACAUCUGGGAGACAGCAGGCGCACAGACCCUUAGCUGUACAGAUUUACUUGGCGUUGAUUAUACUGACACUUACCUUGACACAGUGGGCAGAGCACCACCUUUUGUGGAAAUUUGUUUAUAAAACACUAAACUGAUCAUUCAAAGUCAGACUGUACCCAAACCUUGAGGAUAACUUUUUUUCAGGUCAGUCAGUGACUGGUACAAAUGUCUUUGUGCAAUAAAAAAAAAAAAAAAAAAAAAAAAAAUUU